AUGGCUUCUACCGCUAAAACACUCCAGGCAAUCAAAUUUGACAAGGAGAAUAUUUCGCUCCAAAUCUUGGACCAGCUUUUGCUUCCUUACACAACCCACUAUCUCGAUAUCAAGACGAUCGAAGAUGCUUUUCUGGCUAUCAGGCUCAUGCAAGUGAGAGGAGCACCUGCAAUUGCCAUUGUAGGAGCUUUUGCUGUUGUUGUGGACACCAAUGCCUCCUUGAAAAAUGGUGGAAACAAGACUGUGUCCAAGUUGUUUGACUCAAUUGACUAUUUGGAGACUUCCAGACCCACAGCUGUCAACCUAGCCAAUGCACUCAAUGAUAUCAAGAAGUUGGUUAGUGCAAAAUUUGGCCAGAAUGACCUUGUAGAUGAAGACGUAUAUCAGAUCAUCUACAAGUAUUCUGUAGCCUUGUACGAAGACGAUUUGGCCAACAACUUCAAGAUAGGCGCCAACGGCUUGAACUACAUCGUAGAAACAUUGAAGAAGGAUGGUUUCAAGGGCGCUUUCUCCAUAGUUACUAUUUGUAACACGGGCUCCUUGGCUACUUCUGGUCAUGGAACGGCGUUGGGGAUUAUUCGUUCCACUUACGACAAAUUGAAGAAGUCAGAAUCCAGUGAGGAAUUCUGGCUCGACCACGUUUAUCCGUGUGAGACACGUCCAUAUAACCAGGGUGCCAAGUUAACUACAUACGAGUUGCACUACGAGCAGAUUCCAUUCACAUUGAUCUGUGACAAUAUGGUUUCGUCGUUGGUGAAUACUUUAAGUAGUAACAAAAACAUCCAGGACAACGCUGCAGCUCCAGUCAAGUUCAUUAUUGUAGGUGCAGACAGAGUCGUCAAGAAUGGAGACACUGCCAACAAGAUCGGCACGUUCCAGUUGUCCACUAUCGCCAACUUCUUCAACUCCAAUAAGCUUUCUGGUUCUGCCAACAAAAUCAAGUUCAUUGUGGCAGCCCCAAGAACUACCAUUGAUCUCAACACUGCUACAGGUGACGAAAUUGUGAUUGAGGAAAGACCUGCUAACGAAUUGACCACUCUUAAGGGUCCCGUGUUGAGGGAAGAUGGUUCCAUAGGUGAUAAAUACACUGUGGGAAUCGCCACUCCAGGUAUUUCGGUUUGGAAUCCAGCUUUCGAUGUCACUCCACAUGCUUUGAUCGACGCUAUUGUCACAGAGGAAGAAAAAGUAUACACUAAGAAUAGCCAUGGAGAGUUUGAAUUGUCGAAGUAG